UAUCUAAAAAUAUUUAAGCAGGGGGAUUAUAUAUUAAUAUUACGUUUGUCAAAGUUGAGCAAAAUCAUUAAUUGGGUUGCCCGCGUCGAGAGUCUCGUUUAUCUCUCUCACUCUACUUUCCCAAAUACAAAAGCAAACGAAAGCGGUAGAGAGAGAAGCAGAAAAAGGGGUUCCGCUCUCUUAAAAUUCAACUAAAGUGAUCCAACUCGAGAUCUGGCAAGGAAGGAAUUUGUAAGGCCGAGAAGAAGAACCCUAACUCAGCGGUGCCAAUUGAAUUACGACUCUGAAUUUAGUUGAAAAUGGGGCAAAACAGCCGGAAGACGCUGAUCUACGCGCUGGUGGCGCGUGGAACGCCGCCGGUGGUGCUGGCGGAGUACACGGAGUUCAGCGGGAACUUCAAUUCUAUAGCCUAUCAGUGCCUCCAGAAGCUUCCAGCCUCCAACAACAAGUUCACCUACAACUGCGACAAUCACACCUUCAAUUACCUCGUUCACGAUGGAUUCACUUACUGUGUUGUUGCUGAAGAGUCAGCUGGAAGGCAGGUUCCUAUGGCUUUUCUAGAACGCAUAAAGGACGACUUUGUAGCAAAAUAUGGUGGUGGGAAGGCUGCGACAGCUCCUGCGAAUGGCCUUAACAAAGAAUUUGGGCCAAAGUUGAAGGAACAAAUGCAAUACUGCAUCGAGCACCCUGAGGAGAUUAGCAAAUUCGCAAAGGUCAAGGCUCAGGUUUCAGAAGUGAAAGGUGUUAUGAUGGAAAAUAUCGAGAAGGUUCUAGAUCGUGGUGAGAAGAUAGAGCUUCUUGUGGAUAAGACUGAAAAUCUUCAUCAUCAGGCCCAGGACUUCAGAACAACUGGAACACAAAUCAGGAGGAAAAUGUGGCUGCAAAACAUGAAGAUCAAGCUAAUCGUUUUAGCUAUCAUCGUUGCGCUGAUCCUCAUAAUAGUCCUCUCUGUCUGCAAGGGGUUUAAGUGUUGAAAAUUGAUACUCAUCAGAGAUCAUUUGCAGAUCUCUUCUCUACUUUUCUUCUACGGCAUCAUGACAUCCAUUUUGUAUGUGUAUAAAGCAGUAAAACAAUACCAUGUUUGCUAGGACCACUCUUUCUCACUUAGUAGUGCCAAUUUAAAUAACAACCAUCAUCAUUUUCUCUCGA